GCACUCAAAGGUGGUACUGUCGUCUUUUUAAGAGAUUAAUGUUGAAGAUAUUGUUUUCUGAGAUGCAUCACAGCUUCAUAGUGAAGAAAUGGGGGUGGGCACAACAGAUGUUUCUCUUCUUUUUGUUUUCAGGUACUCACUCCUUGGUCACAGUCCACCAGCCUCCUGUGCUUACCACUGCUCUGGGUCAUGAUGUUAUAAUGCCGUGCCAUCUCAAUCUUUCCCAAAAUGAGAAAAUGGUGACCCCACCGGUUCUGUAUUGGGUGUACUUAACACAGGACGGCACUGACAAUCCCAGAGUGUGGAUCCCCUCUGAGAAAUAUGAUGGACGUGUUGAGCUUCUGGACAAUAACCCGAACGCUUCAAGCAAGUCCAUACUCCUCAAGAAUGUCCAGUGGGCCGACAGUGGGAAGUACCAGUGCAAAGUCUCCGUCAUCACAGAGGGGGAUCGUUUCAGGAGGAGAGGAAAUGACACUUUACUGAUGGUGUAUGAUACCAUGAUCUUAAAGCUCACCGGUCACAAUGACUCUCUGCUCGGGUGUAAAGUAAACGUAACCAGGGAUCACGGAUUUGUUUUGUCCAUUUUUCAUGACGGAUGCAAACUCCAACCUGUUGACACAGCCCCGGGAGAUGCUGACGAAGCUCUUCCCUACGUCACACUCUCUGAGACCAUUUCUCUGAGGAGCAAAGGACAAUAUGAGUGUCAGCUGUACCUGAACGAAGAUUUGGUAACAAAAAGCAUCUUCAACUACCAUCUGAAUGUGGCUCCAGAAGGGGCAGAUGCUGAAACAAAUGACUUGCUAACGUUUCCAACAACUGUCUCCGAGCCAGGUGUGGUGGUGUUUCCAGAGCCAUGGCCCCUGUAUAUGGCUCUCCUUCUGGUGCCCAUCACUAUCCUGCUGGGACUCACAAUUGCCUUGCUGAUGCUGAUGUACAGAUGCUGAGUUUGUCAACAUCUGGCUUGAAUGGAGAGGAUGGAGACCCAGGGUUAUAGGAUUACUGUAUGUCUCUGUAACAUACUGUAUAUGCAUUUAAGGACAUAAUUACAAACUGACUGUUAAAAAUAAUAUUGCACUGA